AUGCUGACCCUGGAGCCCGCGCACAGGCCCACGCUGCAGCAGAUCCUGGGGCACCCGUGGCUGAGCCAGGAUGGGGAACGCUGCCCGAGUCCUCCCGCCGAGCUGCUCCCCAAGCGCCCGGACACCUCCAUCCUGCUGGCCAUGCUGGACCUGGGCUACGGGCUGCAGGAGACCUGGGUGUCGGUGGCGACGCGCCAGUUCAACCAGGCCAUGGCCACCUACCUCCUGCUGGGCCACCAGAAAACCCGGGGGGCGGGCUGCCAGGUGCGGCUGCAGAUACCCGGGCGGCCACAGGUGGGCCCUUGCCCGUCCCUGUCCAUCCCCUCCAGCUUGACUCUGGGCCCAAGGUGGGGUGUCAGCGGGCCGGCCAUUCGCUCCUGGCCCCUCUGGGCCUGUGAGCAGCAGCAGCAGCAGCAGCAGCAGCAGCAGCAGCCUGAGGAGCUCAAGCCUUCAGGGCAGGUGGGCAGCAGGAGAGCCAGCCUGCCCGCCAUCAUGCUGUGCUGCCUGUCGGCCAGCGUCCCUACUGCAGGCCCCACGGCCCCUCUGCCCGGGUCCUCCAACUCCACCGAGCAACCCCCUGCUGGCACCAGGACCCCUGGCCUGGCCCGUGACACCGCCAGGGGAUGGAGGGGAGUGUUCCGGAGGAUGGCCACCGGUCUGGCGAGGCUGUGCUGCUGCGGGCAGGACCCCAGGACCGGCUCCGGACGCUCCAACAGAGUGGCUCCCGCAGCUGGAGGGCCAGCGCCACCACCACCAGCACCCAGGGACCCCCCGGGACCUGCCCCCACCAGAGGGCAGGCCCUCAGAAGACUCUUCAAAAACAGAGUGGCUCCCGCAGCUGGAGCGCCAGCGCCACCAGCACCAGCACCAGCACCCAGGGACCCCCCGGGACCUGCCCCCACCAGAGGGCAGGCCCUCAGAAGAUUCUUCAAAAACAGAGUGGCUCCCCGGCCAGCGCCCAGCUGAGACGCCCACGGAGCCGACCAGGUGGCCCGGGUUCUCCCUCACGAGGGCCAGCCGCUGGAGCGAGGAGUACAACCUGCCCUGGCCGCCGCCGCCUCCCGGACCCCUCAGGCAGGAGGACACCCGAAGACACCCGG